AUGUCGAAACAACGAGUCAUAAGCGAAUCGACAGGCUUAUACAGGCUGUCCAUCGUGAAUAAGCAAAAAGAUCUGGACGCCGACUCAGAAAAUGAGCACACUGCCAGGCCUGCACCGGAAACUCCCAGAAAGGGACUUUCUAUCUCAUCUCCAGUAAAAUCACCUGCGAAAUGUGCUUCUCCGGUUCACGAGAACCCUUCAAGAGGCACAGCGUCAUUUGAGAAUUCCCGUGAAAAACUGUUUUUCGAACUGGCAUCAAAAAGAAGACACGUUAUCGAACUGAAACAGCAAUUGAUGAGAGCUGAGCAAGAGUUGGAAUCGUUGGAGCUACAAUGCAGAGACAUAGGUGAACCAGAACGGGCCACAGGCUCACAAGAUAAAUUUCACAAGCUUACAUCGCGAUUACAACAGACUUUGGAUGAAGUGAAUAGCAGUUCUAGGGUUAUCAAAAGCAAGCAGAGUAUCGGAAACUUUUUCCAAUCUCGAAAAUUGGGCAAUGAACGCGAGUUACCGCCCAUCAUACAAGAAAAGAUCAACCAAUCGCCCUUCGUAAACAAGUCUCGAGAUAUGCGAAAGUCAGAAACUCCUCCUGCAUUUUUCGAUAAACUUAUCAACAAAUGGCAAAACUUUGCAGUGAACGAACAAGAUGAGGACACAUUCGAUAAAGAGCGACCCACCGACAAGUUUUAUAUCAAGACUAAGCUAGAUUACGACGACGAUGAAGAGAUUACUUCUGAAUCUGAUGAUGCUUCUAAUUUGAGUAAUUUAGGUGAGGAUCCGGUAGUAUCAACGUAUAAAAGAGACCGACAAGUAAAUGAUUUCAUAAAGUAA